AAUUGAUUAACCUGAGUUUGGUUGGUUGGAAGAGAAAGAGAAGCAAGUACACCAAAGUAAAAAGCAGUGUAGAGUGAUUGCCAAUGCCAAUGCCAAUGCCAUUGCCAUUGCCAUUGCCAUUGCCAUUGCCAUUGCCAUUGCGCCUUCUCUGAGAAGCCAAAGAUAGAGAACUCACUUGCUUUGACUAUUAGUUCCGCCAUUAAACCCUAUAUAUAAAUCGCUCUCUUCUGCUUCUUCGUCCAUUGAGCUUCAAUGGCGAAGUGCGCAGUGCUUUUCUUUUUCUUCUGUUUGCUGCAUGUGCAGGCUAUUUUGGACCCUGCGGAUUUUCUCGCUCUGCAAUCCAUUCGCAAAGCCCUACAAGACAUGCCAGGCUCCGAUUUCUUCUCCUCCUGGGACUUCACCGCCGACCCCUGCACCUUCGCCGGCGUUUACUGCGACUCCGACAAGGUCAUCGCGCUCAACCUCGGCGACCCCAAGGCCGGCUCCCCCGGCCUCACCGGCCGCCUCGACCCCGCCCUCGGGAAACUCUCCGCGCUCGCCGAGCUCACCGUCGUUCCCGGACGCAUUUACGGUACUCUCCCGGAGUCUCUCUCCGAUUUGAAGAACCUCAGGUUCCUCGGCGUCAACCGCAACUUCAUCUCCGGCGAAAUCCCAACCAAACUCGGGGAGCUGCGGAACCUCCGCACCAUCGAUCUCAGUUACAACCAACUCACCGGACGCAUUCCUCCAACGGUUGGAUCACUGCCGGAGCUAACCAACUUGAUCCUCUGCCACAACCGUCUCUCCGGUUCGGUUCCGCGGUUCGAGUCGCGCGCACUAACCCGGCUUGACCUUAAACACAACGCUCUCUCCGGUUCGCUGCCUCCCAACUCGCUCCCUCCCUCUCUGCAGUACCUCUCACUCGCGUGGAACCAACUUACAGGCCCAAUGGACCGCCUCCUGACCCGCCUCGACCAACUAAACUACUUGGACCUUAGUUUGAACCGCUUCACGGGCCCAAUCCCGGGCCGGAUCUUUUCUUUCCCGCUGGCGAAUCUUCAGCUGGAGAGGAACGAGUUCUCGGGCCCGGUCCAGCCCACGGAGCAGGUGUCGAUCUCGACCGUUGAUCUGAGCUACAACCGGUUGUCGGGUGAGAUAUCGUCGAUGCUGGCGAGCGUGCAGAAUCUGUACCUGAACAACAACCGGUUCACGGGUCGGGUACCGGCGAGCUUCGUGGAUCGGUUGCUGGACGCGAGCAUUCAGAUACUGUACUUGCAGCAUAACUAUCUCACCGGAAUUGAGAUAAGCCCCACCGCGGUGAUUCCCGAGAGAAGCUCCCUUUGUCUCCAGUAUAACUGCAUGGUCCCUCCCGUAGAGACCCCCUGCCCCUUGAGGGCUGGCAACCAGAAAACCAGACCUACCCUGCAGUGCAACCAGUUUAAGAACUGACCUUCACCCAAUCAGAUACUUUUUUCUUCUCUUCUUGCCUUUUCAUUCGUUAUUAUUUAUUUUUCUCAUAAUUAUCAAUUAUUAUGGAGGGAUGAAUAAGAUGAUUGUCAAUAUUUUUGGAUUACAUUUAUUAGAUGCUGCUUUACCUGUUUUCAUCCGGGAGCUACUCAAGUCUCAUGCUCGCUCGCUCUAUAUAUGUAUUAUCUAUAUUACUAAUGUAAUAUGAUUACUCCAUUAGUAAAGUUAUUCAGAUACUAUCUCUGUCACUGUCA